GGUGUGAUACGACGUGUGUCUAGUACGCUCUCGCGCGAAUUGGAGUUUUUUUCCUUCACCUUCAAUUUUAUUGGCCCUCUGCUCGCGAGUGCUCGAUUCUGCCUGUGCCGUUGAAUAACAAUAUUUUGUGGCUAGAACUGGUAAAUUCGUCGCGAUCGACGCCUUCUUUUGGUGUUGCCCGUUUAUGGAGAAAUCGUGGGCGAUUUGUUUAGCACCCGCGAAAGUGCUGCUGAAAUUCGUUCAAGGAUGAAGGCAAAGAGCAAAAUUCGCAACUGAAAGAAAACCUCUCCUUAAUACAUUGCAUCGGAGUGUACGGAUCUAUCCAUGAGUGUGUUGCGGAUCAGCAGCGGUGCGUCCGUGUUUGUGUCGGAGCAAGUGUGCGAAGAAGCUAGCAAAGAAGAAGAAGAAUAAUACAGUGUGCUCUUGUGAAGUGUUUUCAAUUCCCCUGGACCGUCAAGAGGGUUUGUCAGGAGGGGGAACUUCGGGGCGUUUCUGCUUGUUUAGUGUUUUAGUAGAGAAAAUCUAGUAAAGAAAUUCCGUUUCGAAUUUUUAUUUACGUGUUGGUCGGCGAUAAAUGUAAAAAUUCUGCAGGAAAAUCGUUAUCGUUCGAAGCAAGAGUGAAAAAUGCUAUUAUUAUGUGGAUGGUGUUCGUCAUGAAAAAUGCUUUGAAAUUUUUAAACCGUAAAUAAUAUUUGUUUUAAUUGAAAACCUUCGGUUGCAAGUGGCAACAAUCGAUAAGAUAGCAGAAAUAUUGGAAGCUAGGUGAUUCACGCUCUGCGGGCUCUGACCGAUUAUAGUCUUUUCUUGGAAUCAACCGAACCGCGAAUCAACAAAACAUCGAAAAUGAGCUGGGGAAGCGAACUUUGGGAUCAAUACGACAACCUAGCAACGCACACCCAAAAAGGAAUUGAUUUUUUAGAACGAUAUGGAAGUUUUAUCCGUGAUCGCAGUGCCAUCGAAAUCGAAUACGCCGGAAAACUGAGGCGGCUCGUGAAAAACUAUCAGCCAAAAAAGAGCAAAGAAGACGAGGAAAAUGAGUUUUCUUCGUUUCAAGCGUUCAAGUGCGUCCUCAAAGAGGUUGCGGACCUUGCCGGACAGCGCGAGGUCGUUGCCGAAAACCUUCAGCUACAGGUGCUUCAGGGCAUCUCGCUGCUUGCCAAAAACCUGCGAGACGAGCGGAAAAAGUCACUCAACGAGGGCGCUCUGCUCACCCAGAAUCUCAACAGUCAGAUCGCGUCGCUGGACCGGGCGAAACGAAACUACGAGAAGGGUUUUCGGGAGGCAGAGAAAUCGAUCGACAGCUACCAGAAGGCGGAUGCAGAUUUGAACCUAAGUCGAGCCGAGGUGGAAAAACAGCGGAACAACAUGAACAUCCGCUGCGGUCAGUCUGAGGACGCAAAGAAUGAGUACGCCAAUCAACUGCAGAAAACAAAUAAACUACAGCAGACCCAUUACGAAACGUCUCUACCGGAGGUUUUCAAUCGAUUACAAGAGCUAGAUGAGAAGCGAACCAGAGGACUGAAGGAAUUUAUUAAGGGUGCAGCGGAUGUCGAAUCGGCGGUUGCUCCCAUCAUUGCCAGGUGUCUCGAGGGUAUGGUAAAAGCAGCCGAUUCCAUCAAUGAGAAAGAUGAUUCCUUGAAAGUCAUAGAAAAGUUUCAAUCCGGCUUCCAACCUCCUGGGGACCUACCGUUCGAAGAUCUUUCGAAAGCGGACUCCGACACCUCCAACAAUUCCCAAACCUACACCUCAACCAGCGGCCUAAACCACCUAACGGCAAAAGGUACCACGACGCAAAAACUGAAAAAGCGAGUCGGAAUCUUUGGAAUUUUCGCCAGCAAUAAGAACAACCUGUCAACGGACGGUAUGAAGGAAGAUUUCAGCGACCUUCCACCAACCCAGAGGCGGAAAAAAUUGGCCGCCAAGGUGCACGAACUGCAGCAAAAGGUAUCCCAGGAGCAGGCGGCCAGCGAAGGGCUGAUGAAGAUGAAGGGCGUGUACGAAGCAAACUCACUCCUCGGUGAUCCUCGUUCCGUAGAAGAACAGCUGAACGAGUCGGUGAAUAAGCUGGACAAGCUGCGGCUAGAGCUGCAGAGGUAUCAGAAAAUGCUCGAUCAAGCCAACAGUCAAACCAUCGUACAGCAUAGUCCUCAAGCAAACCGAGUGAUACAGAAUGGACAGCGAUCGUCCAGUUUACACAAUUACAGACAUUCCAAUGGUAGCAGCAAUCACGACCAUGACGACCACGGUGAAGACCACCCGGAUCAUGACGCUGGCAGUUUAAGCAGGUCAGCAUCCGAGAGUAGUGUACAGCAAGCGCAAAAUGGGCUUAAUAUUAACAAUAACGGCAGUUCAGCUAGUCCCGAGAGUGGCCUUGGAACGUCACACACAUCCCUGCCCGGUUCCGGCCAGGGUAGCACAAACGAUCAACCCAUCAACGACGAAAUGUACUACGAGGCGGACGCCCUGCAGCCGCUGGGCACAUGUAAAGCGCUCUAUCCUUUCGAUGCAACGAGCGAAGGAAGCAUUCCAAUGUCUGAAGGUGAAGAAUUAUUGGUCAUAGAACUAGACCAAGGCGACGGUUGGACACGAGUGCGAAGGUUAUGUAGUCCCAGCGGUUGGGAGGAAGGUUUUGUGCCGACUAGUUACAUCGAAAGUACCCUGUAUGCGUAGUGUUGAUCAUAACGCAUUGUCAAAUAUGAUAUGAAACUAAUUCAUAAAGAAUUACGUUAAGAAAAAUUCGACCCGCUGUGCAACCCGACAGAAGAGAACGCUCACAACAAGUGAAAAGUGUAAAUAUAUAAAUAGUUCUGCUCUCGAAAAGCGACCGGAAGCUAAGCAGUUGCUAGUGUUGGCUAACGCAAGCAAAGCGAACGAGACAAUGCAACAAAACAAAACAAAAAUGUCUUCAGCGCAUGAAAAACCUGACAAGAUCGCAAUUAGUCGGUAAGCUUUUAAUAAUAAAUUAUUACUAUCCUUCGUGGUGGUGUACGUGCAAGUCAAAUCAUAUGUUGCAGUAGGCAAAAUUAUCCAAUACGCUGUUCUAGUAAAUAGCUAGGUUCUGAAUUAUCCGAGUUCCCAACACAUUGUCCUCGAGCGAUUUGUCUCCAAUAGCGGUGUUAUCGGCAGUAUACUUUGUAAUAUCAUAGUAGAGCAAUUAUGUUUAGUCACAUGACACCGUCUAUGUUUUUUUCUUUUAAUUUAGUUUAUAAAAAAUAUUUGCUAGCAAACAGCAAAAUAACGGGACGAUGCUCAAAAAAUCUUUUGCUGUAAAAACAAUUUAGCACAUUGCAAAUCAUGAAAACGGAAUUGCUGUCAAGCAUAAUCGUAAACAUUGCCAUUAAACGGAAAAUAAAACAUAGGAAAGCAUCCAAUACAAAGUCAUCUCAUUUCUUCAUUAAAAUUCUGCAUAUUCGUAGCUUCAUAUCUAUAUUAUAUAAUAAUGCAACCAUUAAAGAAAAAAAAAAUACAACAUUUAUCGUUACUACCAAUUGAAUUAUUGGUGCGCAAAAAAGCAUUAAUUGAAUAUCAUGCAGCAUAAACAAGCAAAAAAUCCCAUUUUGUAAACUGGCAUAAUCUGCGGCAACAUCAACCAAUCGAUUCUGAUAGUAAAAAAGUAUUAAAAAAUCCAAAAACAAAUAUCUGUUCAUGUAAUGUAAAAUGUUACUAAACUUCAAAUAACUCACUAAUAUGGAUUAGUUUACCUAAAUAGACAAAAACAAAACGAAAUCUGUCAAACGAAAAUACAUUCAAAGAUGAUUGUUCAGAAACACAAACACAAAGAAAAGUAACAGAAUAUGAGAGCAUCAGAACUUUAAGAGAUUUUAAUUUUAUUACUGACAUUAUGCGAUAUCAAUUCAUUCUCUGAAUUUUAAAUCGGUUGACGCCAAAAUGUAGAAACGUGAUAGUCAUCAAUUCAAUACUUUUCAUUACUAUGUCGAAUGAUUUUUAAAAAUAAAACAAACACGCAACUUUUUUCGUUUGAAGCAAAGAAAACAAAAACUAUUAGUAUAAACGUUGCAUCGCUCUCACUGUUUUAUACCGUACAUAAUCUAUCGAAUUCUGAUGUUCUCUCGAGCGCGCUUCUACAGAAACAAACCCAUUUGUUACAUCCCCAUACAGUAAAAACAAAGAAAACUAAUCAACGAAAACAGAUGCAUUUGUUAUUACACAUGCUUACCUCCCCGCCUAAGAUAAAAACUCUAAACUCCACAUUAUUCACAUUCAUUUUAGUUACGGCUGAACAUUUUUUUUAAUCAGCAAAACUAAGCAAAACAAAACUCUAUUGAUUACUGUCAGCGACCGUACCGGUUACGAUUCCGAACUUGAAUAGAAUAUACCAAUCGAAAUACUACGACAAAACCGUGCCAGUGUUUACUGUUACACAAUCAUUCAAUAACACUGCAACAAAUAUUCUGUAAAAAAAAUACUAAAACAAUGAAUCUGUUGAGCAUACACACAAAAUAAAGCUGCCUGCUGAUGUCAGUUCAAAUAGCAUCGUUUCAUUGCUUAAAAACCUCUUAUUAUUUUCCGUUAAUUAUGUAUAAAUAUACUACAUUGUAUUAUUAUUUUGCUAGAGUCAGUGUUAGGUGAUGUCACUUUUUUUUGUUCAUAACAAAUGCAGUGGUUUGUUCAUUAUCCGAUUCAAAUAGUUUGAAUGAAAGCAACAUCGUCUGUAAAUAACUAACAUAGGCAAUGGAAGGAUGAACGAACACACUUUAGCUAGGAUCUUUUUAAUAUACUGGCAGCGAUCAAUCGAAAAUGGCUCUCUCAGUUGAACCAAAUUUGGAGAAAAAUCGAAUUAAAAACAAUUAUGCGUCUCCUUCUUUUUUUGGAAUCGAUGGAGGUGCCUUAUUUAUAAAUGAUUAGCGGUAAAGUGAGCGUUUGGGUAUUGCCACAAACUUCCAAAAAACGCAAAUAAUGUAUAAAAAUCGUAAUCUUUCAGUUUUUUCAAAUUUGAUUUGCUUGAGAGGAAAAAGUCCGAUUGUGUUGAUUGUCGAUCAGUGUUAUCGGAAGGAAAAGUUAAGGAAACUUUCUUUUAACCAUACGCGUAUCAAUAAUAUCUAGUAGGUAAAUCAAGUCAUUUGAAAUCAAACUCCUCCCACGGGGUCGGCUCUUUCAGAUAGUUGCGAGCUACCCUCCGGAGAAAUGCUUCAGCCUUUGAGUAAAGAAAGCAAGCCGCAAGCAAUAGUAAUCAGAGAUAUAAAAAUUAUAUUUUUUUUCCAGAACUAGACGAUAUGUAUGUGGAUGGUGUUCACAGUAAAUCAAUAUUUUUAGCGUUAGAUUUAAAUGCAAUUUGAAAGCAUAGACGUUAGCUUUUAAUGAGAAAUCAAUCCUGUG